UCUCAGUGUCUCUGGGGAUCCAGUAGCGCAUCUUCCGCACACCGCUGAGGAAACAGAGCUGUGUCUCUUUAAGUUGCGACUAAAGCCGAUUAGUGUCGAUUCUGCUUUUAGCGUCUGUUCACGCACUCUCUUUUUAUACUUUAUGUUAUUGUGUGCAUUAGACCACCGAGCGUUUAACGAGAUAUCUGUGCCUCUUUUUGUCGCAGGGGAUUUACUGUUCUGGUUUGUGCGUUUCUCAUCGAAUCGAAUAUUACUGGAUUAUCUUCCCUUAAAUCGCUUUCACUUUGCUUACUUUUUAAGGUCCGUCUCCGAUGGUCAUGGACUCAUGUAAAGCGGUGUGAGACGUCGAGGUGGAAAAUGCAGAAAAGUGUACGUUAUAAUGAGGGGCACGCACUUUAUCUCUCUGUGGUCGCGCGUAAAGAGGGAACGAAGCGGGGCUACUUGAGCAAGAAAGCGACCGAUAACAGUCGCUGGAACGAAAAAUACUUUGCUCUGAACCAAAACAUCUUGUUUUACUUUGAGAAUGAGCAGAGCACCAGGCCGACAGGGAUUUACUUACUGGAAGGAUGCACCUGCGAGCGCGCCUCUGCGCCCAAAGUGUCUACAAUCAGCCGAGACAGUUCAGAGAAGCAGCAGCACUAUUUCCUGGUCAUCUUCGGCCACGAUGGACAGAAACCUCUGGAGUUGCGCGCCGAAGAGGAUACAGACUGCACUGAGUGGGUGGAAGCCAUUCAGCAAGCCAGCUACUCUGACCUCAUCAUCGAGCGUGAGGUUCUCAUGCAAAAGUACAUCCACCUGGUGCAGAUCAUGGAGACGGAGAAGGUGGCAGCCAAUCAGCUCCGCACACAGCUUGAAGACCAGGACACAGAGAUCAAGCGGCUCAAGACUGAGGUUCUGGCUAUGAACAAAGCAAAGGAUAGAAUAUUACCUUGUCAUUCCAAUCAAGAUGAGGAAGACCCUGAUAUAAAGAAAAUAAAGAAGAUACAAAGCUUCAUGCGUGGCUGGCUUUGCCGAAGAAAGUGGAAGAUCAUUGUUCAAGACUAUAUCUGCUCACCCCAUGCUGAAAGCAUGAGGAAGAGGAACCAGAUUGUUUUCAACAUGUUAGAGGCUGAGACAGAAUAUGUGCUCCAGCUGUCCAUCAUGGUGAACUGCUUUCUGCGACCACUUAGGAUGGCUGCCAGUUCCAAAAAACCUCCCAUCGGCCAUGAUGAUGUUGGCAGCAUUUUCCUCAAUAGUGAAACUAUUAUGUUUCUACAUGAGAUAUUUCACCAAGGCCUAAAAGCAAGAAUUGCCAACUGGCCAAGAUUAGUUUUAGCUGACCUCUUUGAUAUAUUGCUGCCGAUGUUAAACAUCUACCAAGAAUAUGUGCGAAAUCACCAGUACAGUCUUCAGGUUCUAGCAAACUGCAAGCAGAACCGUGACUUUGACAAGUUGCUGAAGCAGUACGAGUCCAAUGCCGCCUGCGAGGGCCGAAUGCUGGAGACGUUUCUGACGUACCCGAUGUUUCAGAUUCCUCGAUAUAUAAUCACUCUGCAUGAGCUGCUUGCCCAUACUCCCCAUGAGCAUGUAGAACGCAAGAGUCUGGAUUUUGCCAAAUCAAAACUGGAGGAGCUGUCCAAAAUGAUGCAUGAUGAAGUAAGUGACACAGAGAACAUCCGUAAGAAUCUCGCCAUUGAGCGCAUGAUUGUGGAAGGCUGUGACAUCCUCCUGGACACCAGCCAAACCUUCGUACGGCAAGGCUCUCUGAUCCAGCUGCCUUCAGUGGAAAGAGGCAAACUGAGCAAAGUGCGCUUGGGUACGCUGUCUCUGCGAAAAGAGGGCGAGCGCCAGUGUUUCCUCUUCACCAAACACCUUCUGAUCUGCAACCGCACCUCCAGCGGCAAGCUGCAUCUGCUCAAACAAGGAGGAACUCUGUCUCUGAUAGAGUGCACACUCAUUGAAGAGCUAGAUGCCAAUGAUGAAGACUACAAUGCUGCAGGUCAGGGAUUUAGUCAUUUAGAGUUUAAGCUGCUGUUUGAGCCACCUGAUGGGCCGUCCUUUGCAGUAGUUCUGCUGGCACCAUCUCGCCAAGAGAAAGCUGCCUGGACCAGCGAUAUCAGCCAGUGCAUCGAUAAUAUUCGCUGCAAUGGCCUUAUGACCAGUGUUUUUGAAGAGAACUCCAAAGUCACAGUGCCUCACAUGCUCAAGUCAGACACACGGUUACACAAUGAUGAUGUGGAUAUUUGCUUCAGCAAGACACUCAACUCAUGCAAGGUGCCACAGAUCCGUUACGCCAGUGUUGACCGUCUGCUGGAGCGACUCACUGACCUGCGCUUCCUCUCCAUUGACUUCCUCAACACUUUCUUGCACACAUACCGCAUCUUUACCACUGCGGCUGUGGUCAUGGACAAGUUGAAUGACAUCUACAAGAGGCCUUUCACCUCCAUCCCUGUCAGGAUUCAGCACCACUCAUCUGACCGUUUGUCCAUCUCCUCCAUCUGUCCAGACUACAACCUGAAGAUCACAAGGCUUGCCCUGGACCAGUCUAAGUCUCUAGAGCUCUUUUUUGCCACGAACCAGGGCCCAUGGGGCAAUGAGCUCCAGAACAACAAGUCCCCCCGACUGUCACGCAAGUUCUCUACACCUCCUCCUCUUUCAAUCCCUUCCCGGACAUCUUCACCUAUGCAUUGCCGCAAAUUGUCACUCAGCUCACCUGUAAGUGGUGCGAAAGCCAUGGCUCUGGAUCUCUCAGCCUCGUCCUUGAUGGUCAGUAGUCCCACAUCCACCUACAACCCUAUGAUCUCUUCUCCACCCCCCAACUGUACUAAGGCUCCACUGGACCUGAGCAAGGGCCCCAGUUCACCAGAGCUAGGCCCUACCACACCAGAGGAAGGUGGGGAACUUCCACGUAUUGAUGCGUUUUGCGGCAAGCUGAGGAGGAGUGUUAGGCGGAACUUCUUAGAAUCUUUGUCAUUUGACAAGUUCAUCCCAGAGACACCUACCUCUGUUGAGUCAGGAGACGUAUCUCUGUGCAGCUUGCCCAGUACCCCUUCCUCUACCCCACGACACCCCCGUUACAGACAGCCAGGAGGUCAGUCCAUGGAGAAUUUGCGCUGUACAGUGUCUCCUGCCUCCGCCUUUGCCAUUGCCACAGCAGCAGCUGGACACAGUGGUCCUCAAGGUUUCACCAGCCCAGAGAAGUCAUACGACAAGGAGUUUCUCAUCCGCCGGGCCGCCACAAAUAGAGUGCUCAACGUCCUGCGGCACUGGGUAUCCAAGCACUCGCAGGACUUUGAUAUGAACAGUGAACUGAAGGCUGGAGUGUUCACUCUGCUAGAGGAAGUGCUGAGGGAUCCUGAUCUGCUACCUCAGGAAAGAAAAGCCACAACCAACAUAUUAAGUGCCCUUUCUCAAGAAGAACCAGAUGACACUCAUCUUAAAAUCAAAGAUAUUCUGCAAACGGCUGAAUACUCCAAAAUGGAGUGUUUUGACUCUCUGUCUGCUAUGGAGUUGGCUGAGCAAAUCACCUUACUGGACCACAUUGUGUUCAAAAGUAUUCCCUAUGAGGAAUUUCUUGGCCAAGGAUGGAUGAAAGUGGACAAAAAUGAAAGAACUCCAUACAUCAUGAAGACUAGUCAGCACUUCAAUGAUAUGAGUAAUCUGGUGGCAUCUGAGAUCAUGUCUCACACAGAGGUGAGCUCCCGAGCCAACUCGAUUGAGAAAUGGUUGGCAGUGGCUGAUAUUUGUCGCUGCCUCAACAACUACAAUGGAGUGCUGGAGAUCACAUCUGCUCUCAAUCGCAGUGCCAUAUACAGGCUGAAAAAGACCUGGGCUAAAGUCUGCAAGCAGACCAAAGCUGUAAUGGACAGGCUGCAGAAAACAGUGUCUUCUGAAGGAAGAUUUAAAAACCUAAGGGAAACCCUAAAAAACUGCAAUCCUCCAUGUGUACCAUAUCUGGGCAUGUAUCUAACAGACUUGGCAUUUAUUGAAGAAGGUACACCAAAUUUCACAGAAGAGGGGCUGGUUAAUUUCUCCAAAAUGAGAAUGAUUUCUCUCAUCAUAAGAGAAAUUCGUCAGUUUCAGCAAGCACCCUACAGGAUUGAACAUCAACCCAAGGUGACACAGUUCCUACUUGACAAAUCACUUGUUAUGGAUGAUGACACUCUGUAUGAGCUGUCUCUAAGGCUUGAACCAAGACUUGCUUCUGCCAACUAAAGUCAUUUCUCAGCACGUCUCCUAGGCCAUGAUGGAACAUAGCAUAUGGACAAUACUUCCGUCUUUGGCAGCAGACCAGGGAAUGCUGAAGUGAAUUUGGAAAUGAUGAGAGAUCCUGAUUAUCUCUCCAGUCUGUUCGAGAAGUCAGCACACAUUUUUAUACAGUUCAGGCCAAAAGUUUAAAUAUAUCUUGGUUAAAGAUAUUAAUUCUUUUUCUUAGUCAAUUAUGGCAUCUACUUUAUGCAUAUUAUAGCUGAUUUUAUAUCAUUUGAUUAGAGGCAGAUUUAUUUAAACUUUAUUUCAGCACUGUGUCUUACCCACACCCAGUUGAGUGUCUGUUUAUAGAGUCUGGAACAUUCCAGAAACUGAUGUCCAGGACUGAGAGAGCCCUGUGACUGUAAAGGGUCAAACUUUGAAGACAAUAUAUUUUUCGAUUUUGAUAUCAUAAGAAAAUCCAAGCAACUCAGCCAAGUCCAAAAAAACCUCCACAAGUCUGGUUCCUCUUUAAAACUGAAGAUACACUAUAUGACCAAAGGUUUAUGGACACCUGACUAUCACACCCAUAUGUGGGGCUUAUUCAAAUGGUUAUCAAGGAUAUCUUUUCACUGAAAAUAAGGAGCCUGACAGUGCCCCUGUGCAAAAAGCAAGGCCUAUAAAGGCAUGGUUUGCCCAGAUUGGUGUAGAAAAACUUGAGUGGUCUGCACAUAGCCAUGACCUCAGUCCCACUGAAUGCUUCAUUAAUGCUGAUUGCACAACAGGCUUUCUAACUUUACAUUAGUGCAUUGUUCAGGAAUGAAGCACAGAUGAACUCAGAGGGGUGAACAAACUAUGGUCUGAAAAGUUCAACUAAACCACAAUAUCUACACUGAUCCGAGGCAUAAAUUACAAUGAAAUGAAAAUGAAAUGAAAUGGCCUUUAUUUGUCACAUAUACAUUACAGCACAGUGAAAUUCUUUCUUCGCAUAUCCCAUCCUUGGAGGUUGGGGUCAGAGCGCAGGGUCAAUGAAUGUUGCACAACGAAAAAAAAUGCCUGCUCCAAGACUGGCAUAAAGAGGUUUGCAGGUUAUAUCCAGCUUGUUGGGGGAUUGUCUUCCUGUCAGAUUUGUUUGGCCGCUGAGGAAAAGGGAUGACGCUUUUAUUCUGAAGUGAGGAUUUGAAUAGUGAAGCAUAGUGAUGCCAGCAUCAUGCUGGGUAUUUGCUGGAAAAGGGACUUGUGUCCUUCAAAAAAAAAUGAGGAAGGCUAGAGGAUAGGAUUAGCUAGAAAUACUAAAGCAGCACCUCAAGCUGUCAAGUUUAACUUUGGUCUCAAUUGGGUCUGUCAGUAGGACAAUCCUACAUACAUGCAUAAGCAUAUCUAAAAACUUUGAAAUAAAAAAUUUACUUAAAGACAACAAUGAAAGUAUUGGAGUGGCUGUCACAAAGCCCUGACCUGAAAACAAACUUUAAAAGCAUGUCAGGGGAAUGAGGUCCUCAACUAUGUCUGAGAUACACCAGAUCUCAGGAGGAAUGGGCAAAUAUUCUGGCAAAGUAUUGUGAGAAGCUUGUGGAAGGCAAACCCAGGUGUUUCAAGUUCAAGCAAAGAUACUAACAAAGAGUAUGUAAGCUUCGUACUGAAAAUCUGAUUAAGUAAAUAAUGGCUGUAACAAAUCUGACCUUUAGCUGUUACUUUUAAAUAACCUCUUACAGAUAUAAAGUAGAUACCCUAAUUGCUCUAGGAAUUGGAAUACAAUUGGAAAUGUAUACUAAAAUUAAAUGUAUAAAGUUUGGACAUUUUAUCCUUGGUGUGUAACCUUCUGGCUUGACAAAGAUAAAUCAUGUCAUAAUGCUCUUCUCAUCUUUCGUAUGAGCUUACAUUUAUCUGAUAUUAAAAAUGUUAGAUCUAGAAUAUUUUCUAUUUGAAUA